CGGAACGACAUACGGCUGUGUGUACAACUGCGCUGUGCAGUGUUUAGUCAAAGCAAGGGCAAGGAGAAGGAGACGUUUCUUCGUGAUUGUACCGUUUGAGUAGAUCCACUCCUCAAAACAACGCAUCAGUGUGAAAGGCCAGCUCGUUUCUGCCAUGGCCAACCCUUUAAGGGGUGAGGUUAUCAGGCUCUACAAAACUCUGCUGUAUCUUGGCCGUGAGUACCCCCAGGGAGCAGCUUACUUCAGAGAGCGCCUCAAGUCAGCUUUCAUGAAGAACAGAGACGUGACUGACCCCGAACAGAUCAAAAAGAUGGUGGCCCGCGGCGAGUUCGUCAUCAAGGAACUGGAGGCUCUCUAUUUCCUCAGGAAAUAUCGAGCCAUGAAGAAGAGGUAUUAUGAACCAGAAAAGUAAUUACGGACAACACCAAAUUAUCCUUCUGAAGUGUGAGGAAGGUACAGCCAGUGUGUAAAUAUUAAAUUUUCAUCUAAUUUGGAUGCAGUCCACAUGAAAAACAACAGUUGCCCUUAUAUAAAAUAUAAACUUGCCUCUCAAGGGAAGUGGAAGCUCCAUCUUUACCAAGUGCCAGGAAGUGAUGACAACGAAGCUGUUUCCGAAUGUGCUCAUUUUUUAUACACAAGUUGUACCUUAAAAGCCAGUGUUUAAAGUCACGAAUACUGUAUAUAUGUUAAUAUCAUAGGCUCUCCUCCAGAAGUAGCCAUUAACAUGUCCUCAGUCAAGAUUAAUUUGCAUCAUCAUGGUUGUCAUAAGGGAAACAUAAUGCAGAUAAUUGUGAAAAACUGCAGAAGCCUCAGCAUCAGACAGACUGAAUCAUAUUGUAAAAUAUAUGUCAAUGUAUAUAUUUGUAAAUGCAUGGUCACAUUUCUUGAUGAGUGAAUGUACAUGACUGUGUAUCAAUGCACUAUUCAAUAGCUAUUUAAAACAGUGAUGUCCCAUGUCAUAAUAUGAAAUCACAGCAGUGUUCUUCAACAAUUAAAUUGGUUUACUGUCAAUGUUUGUUUGAGAUUACACCAUAAAAACACAGAAAAAUGUUGAUUUUGUACCGAUGACUGACAUACAUGAGAGGUUGAACGUAAAUGGUACACAACA